GGCCAACCAAAAAAUAUUACGGAGAUUGUUUACAGUUAGUUUACUCUUUGUUAGGGUGUUACUAAUAUUGUUAAUUCACAAGAAGAGUAGACAAGAUAUACGUGUUUAAAACUUAACAGGUACUGUAGUUGUUUAUGUACGUUUUUUAAGCGUUUAAAUUCCCAUGGUCUGUGAUUGGUCGUGCCGUAGCGGAAACGCAACAUCUACUCAUCUUGUUUACUGUAGCAGGAAAGCUAGCUAAGUGUAACAGCUCUGCGUAGUUCUCCUAAAAAAGACAGAAUAAGUUCGCAUUAGUGUGUUUUAGGGUAUAAGUAAGUCGCGUUUUAGGUUAAGACAGCUUGACUGUUUGCCGCAGUACGAUUCGGGGCCAAGGUACGUGUUGUAAUUGUCCUUAAAACAGCGAGAAUUGGCGAACAGAACCAAACAAGUUAACUUAUAACAGUAGAAGUCUAAGAUAUGUUUGUUAUUAAAACAAACAGCUGCAUGUUUGCUGCAUUUGAACACGGUGUUAUGGUCUCCCAGUGCACACAAGUUGGUGUAAAACUUAAAGGGUUUGUUGCUGUCGAUGUUCCAGAUGAUCGAGGUGGUGGCCUCCAUGGCCCGAGGACCCGUGUUCCUCGCCGGGGAGCUCAUGGAGUGUCUCAUCACGUUCACUAACCCGAUGUCUCACCUGUCCACCUCUGCCAGCAGGUACAACUACAACUCUUCCUCUGUAUUCCUGCCAACCGCUUGCUUCUCUAGUUACCCCAACUUUAGUAACGACCGCACGAUAGCAAUACACUGCGGUCUGAGGAACCAUAAACAAACCUCAACCAAAACGCCACUCUAUAGCCACAACUAAUGCUCAGAACAGCACCUAACUUCAUCAACAGGACAUAUAGUGUCCCAGCCAUAGUACUAGCCACCAGACAUCCUUUUAACUUUGCCUAAUUUCUUUAGCAAAGAGACUUAUUAAUUUUACACUGGAAUAUCCCAUUAAUGUUAAAACCGAUUGUACUUUGAUUUAUUGCAAAUUAAAAUCAACAUGUCUGGGGUUUGUUCCAGAGAAUUGCAGCUUAAAAACUAAACGCUGUUUUUCCAUGUUUUGGUCAUUUUAUGCUUAACAUUUAUACCAAACACCCUGUUCAUGCCGUCUUGUGAUGCUGUUUUCUCUCGGCUGUGUCUCAGUGAAAUGCUCGCGUGGGCCAGCGCUCAGAUCCACUGUCAGUUUCACGCCAGUGAGAGCAGAGUGGCUCUGCCGGCUCAGGGCAACAAACAGGACGUCCAAGCUGAGAGCGACACCGUGCUGAUUCCAAGCAGAGGUUAGUGUGGAAUAUAAAAAAACUCUACAAAACAAGAGUCAGACUAGGAUUUAAAGUGUUUCAGAUAUUAUCGGCUUGAUUGCUUCUUUUUGUUAUGCCUCUAAUUGAUAAAACGCUCAUUUUACUGUCCUCUACAGGAGAGCGAGGGCAAUGUGUGCUGGACACACCACCUAAGAUACUGUUCUGUGACCUGCGGCUGGACCCUGGAGAGAGCAAAACCUGUACGUGAGCAAUUAAUUAAUUAGACACAAGAAAUUAAACACAGCACUGAGAGAGAAUCUUUUAAUUUAUUUUCUCCUCUUUCCUCAGAUUCUUACAGUGAGAUGGUUCCCAUAGAUGGUCCUCCUAGUUUCCGCGGUCAGGCAGUGAAAUACGUCUACAAACUGACCAUCGGCUGCCAGCGAGUCAACUCUCCGAUCAAACUGCUCAGAGUCCCUUUCAGAGUUCUGGUCCUGCAAGGUAAGAGACAGGGAUCUUCCUGAGAGUGGUCUGCUUAGAGUUUAUCAUCACAGGGAAAAUACAUCUGUAACCACAUUCAUGGUGAAGUUUUCUUUGGGCAUCUGACUGUAAAAAAACCCAGAAAUGUAUCAUAUUAGUCAUUGUUGCCUUCGGUCUGUGUGGAGGAACUUUUCCCAGAAACCUGAUCCGUAAAGUAUAAGAUUUGUUGGUGUAAACUUGAAUACUUACUUGAAUACUGCAGGUAUGCCGGAGCCCCCGUUUCCCCAGGAUGACGAAGUUUCACCCUCUAACCCGUUCCUGGAGGAAGAGGAAGCGAGCCGCAGAGACGCUCGUCCUUUAGAGAGAGCUCUGGACAUGCUGAUGGUCAGCACCUCGAGGCGCUGCCCCCGUGAGUCCCAGUCUUCAUCACUCUGGUCUCUGAGGAUUGAUGAUCACAGUUAGCAGACCUGUAUCCAUAGCAACGGUGCAUUCUUCAAGGCAACAGUGUGCAGUAAUGAAAACGGACCAUUGCUAUGGAGAAUCGACCAAUUAGAACCAAGUAUUCAUCACUGCCAUGUAAUGAAGGACUGUAUUGUGUCACCAAAAGCCUCAUUCUGAUUUCAAAUGCCCAAAGCUUUAUUGUUAUUGUUAAGCUGGAUUUAUUCACAUUAGGGUGGUGCAAGAUUAUAAACUCUGUGAAAUAAGGCUGCACCGCUUUACUGUCUGAGAGGUUACAUUCAUGUUACUAACAGGAAAGCUCACUUUGAUCAAGGAAACGUCUACAAAAAUGACGAUCAAUUAUAAACUAUGUCGUCAAACGAUUGUGAGAAGCUUAAUCUAUAAGAGCUCCAAAAUUACAGAUAAAUCAGAGUUUUAAAAUUGUUCCUGUAUGUCCUAAUGUGAGCUGUGUUCCUUUUUGCCAUCCAGACAUGUUUAACAUCACCAACAUGAGAGGGAAAGUUGCAAAGUUCUGCAUCUUUAAAACUGUGUACAGACUCGGAGAGGACAUCAUCGGCACCUUCAACUUCUCAGAGGGAGACAUCCCCUGCCUGCAGGUCGGUUUACUCUUGUUGUUUUCCAGCCGUUGCUGCUUUCCUCGCUGGUAUAAAACAGCUGAAUUUUCUGUGUGUCUAAUUUUGUUCUUCAGUAUUCGGUGAGUCUCCAGAGUGAGGAGGAGAUCCAGCCGCUGUACCAGCGGCGGCCCGGACAAGCGGUUAGUGUGACCGGACACGGGCGACACAUGGAGUCCUGCCUCCACACGGCCUCCAGCCACUUCUCUCUGCCCGUGCCUCUGAACGUCACGCCAGGGUUCAGCACAGACACAGGUCAGUCGGCAGCACUCUUAAACACACACAUGUCUUUAUCUGACUUUGUCUCGUGAUAUUUUUAUUUGAUAUUGAGGUUCUUAUAGUUACUAAAUCUAAAUGGGAAUCUUCUUUUUGUUUAAAGUACAUUUCAAUAUUUAUGAUGUUAUCGCUCCUGUUAGGAGUGUUUUAGUGCUUCAGUUUAAUCGUCUGAAAUUCAUAUUUGUCUUUUCAUGAUAUCCAAAAGCAAACAAGACCAUCAGAGACAGGAUUGAUAGUUUGUAUUUGAUCAUUUUUGAUGCCUUGAAUGAGCGCAAGAGGAUAGGUGUUAGCUGAGCAGCUAAAAAACGUCCCUGAUUUAACAAUAUCCACUUUAAUAAUUUAUAAUAGACAAUAUAUUCGACUGUCAAACGUGUCAAAAAGGUAUUUUAUAAGUAUGUAGAGGACAAGAUAAGCAGAGACUGAUUUGUCCACAUGAGGCUCCAAAGUGGACCAAAAACAAAAGUUCUUCUCAGGAGCUUUUCAAAUGUUGUUCAGCUUCAUAACUGGAGGUUGAACUUAAACUUCAGGAUAAAUUUGAUGAGUUCAUAAAGUCGAUACUUUUUCUCCGCUCCUUCAGUGAUCCUGAGGUGGCGUCUCCACUUUGAAUUCGUCACGGCCCGGGAGCCCAUGGAGCCGCCCACAGUGCUGCAGAACCAAUCAGAGGUCACCGUCUGGAGAGGGGCGGAGAAUGUAGACGUGGAUACCUUCAGCUGGAACCUGCCGAUCAAAAUCCUGCCCACCAACCCGGCCCUGGCAUCCUACAUGUCCCACUUCUCAGGGACCAACAGCAUCAAUAUCUGACUCUCCUGAGUGUUUGUGUGACUGUGAAUCAGGAGAGACUCAAAGACGACUGUUAGAUUUUGUCUGAGUGAGCGACACACAGAGAAAGACUUUUCAUUUGAGAACCUCGCUGCACGUUUCAGGAACAGAGGACCAUUUUUCUUUUUGCUGUUUUUGUCGUGCAUUUUAUCCCCAGAUCCAACGAUCGUACUCUUAACUCUGCAGCCUACUGUACGUUUGGCCUUUCUCAUGUGCAUUUUUGCGGUGCAUCUUACCCUGAAGUGUGUCUUCUAUUUUUUUGGAGAUUCACAUUCAGUCAAAGUCACAUUUCUGUAUUUAUUUUACUUUUUUAAACUGUUUUAACUGUUUGUGUUUCAGCGAGAGCGAAGACUGAACUGAGCUGUAAAUACUGACGAGAGGAAACUGUAUUAAAAGUUUGAUGUAAAUUUGA